UAUUUAUGAUCCCAGGAUUGUAUGUAAGUCUGCUGUGAAUAACCAAUGAAUAAUUUAUCUUUACAUUUAAUCAAGUUUGCCGCUGUUGGUCAAAUUCUAACAAAGUACGUCCAAUGUCAAAAUCGUGUAUAUAUUCCUUUGGCAAUCGGGAUUCUGUCCAAUGUUUUCAAUGCAAUAAUGCACUAUAUUCUUUUAUUUAUCUUUGAAACUGGAGUAAGAGGCUCAGCUAUUUCUCAAUCAGCUGCCUACUUGUUUCAAUGCAUUUGCUAUCUACCAUAUAUCAUCAUAUUAGAAAGAUCAGGAAUAACAUGGAGAGGUUGGUCAAGAGAGGUGUGGCUGGACUGGGGUAAAUGGUUUAAACUUGCGCUGCCAGGUGUUAUUAUGAUCACACUUGAGUGGAGUAUUUUUGAAGUCGGCAGCAUAGUUUCAGGGACACUUGGUGAACGAGAAUUAGCCACUCAGACAAUCCUCUUCAACAUUGAAUCGAUAUGCUACACACUGUUGCCUCUUGGUUUUGGUAUUGCAACAAGCAUACGCUUAGGUCAAUUUCUCGGUGCUCGUUCUGCAGCUGGACCACGUUCCGUCAUUUCUACAGCUCUUGUGACACUUUGGAUUACUUCCAUUGCUUUCAUUCUAAUUUUGGUUCUGUUGAGAUGGAAGAUUCCGAGAAUCUUCACUUCUGAGCCUGAUGUCAUUGAUCUAACAGCUAAAUUGUUACCAUUAAUCGCUACAUUUCAAAUAUUUGAUGGAACCGUGGGUGUUUGUAGUGGAGCUGUUCGUGGAGCAGGACUUCAAGUAUUCGGUGCAAUUGUAUGUUUUGUCACCUUAUAUGCAAUUGGCUCCCCAAUCGGUUUGUGCCUUGUUUUCGUGGCUGGAUAUGGCUUAGAAGGCUUAUGGAUAGGAAUGACUGUAGGAACUAUUCUCGAGGGUAUUGUUUACCUCAUAACUUGUCAAUGUAUCAACUGGCAAAAGCAGGUAGAACUUGCAGUACAAAGAACAAAUCAGUUAAUGUCAGCCAAUCAGAUUUCAGAGGAAAGGAUAAACUAUGGUAGUUCCGAAAGUCGAUAUCCCAAUGAUAAAGUGACUUCAUCAGUUAGAGAUGAUAAUGUAGAGGAAACAGCGGAAAUAGGAAUUCGAACAAAUGUUUCACUUUUUGAAAGCACAGCCGAUGUGACAGUUGUUUCGGGUUUGCCACUCAGUAGAUCGGAGCAUAGCAAUAUCAAUUUGAGAACUGAUUCACAACAAGUGCUUUCAAUCCGUCUAAGAACUGUUGUUUUACCACGCAUUCUAUUCAUAUUUAUCAUGUUAUGUCUGCUGAGUUUUAGUGUAAUCUUAAGAUUAUAUAAGCCAUGGUCUGGUAAAUUUGGUGCAUACUGUACGUUUUCUAACGGCACAUUCAUUUCCUUGAAAGAUCAAGAUAAUCUUCUGUCUAAUGGCUUAAACAGAACUCUUUCAGACGGUGACAUUGUUUUGUUAAGUAGUUUCAAGGAAGCCUGUUUAAUAUCUGUUCCAUAAAUGCUUCGCGUUUUUGACUAACAACCUGUAUACGAUGCUUUCUUCAUUCACUACAAAACCUAUCACCGGGCACUAUUAUCACUGUCAUUGCCAUCAGUGUUAUUUCAUAGCAAAUGAAAUAGGAGUUUUUUUGUAUUUUGAAUAACCUUAUUUGUAUUGUACCUUCCAGAUACUAAUGUAUCAAAUUAAAAUGUUCCAAUGAGCUCAACUACUCAUAUUUUUUCUCUAAUGUCAUUAUAAAUUUGGCACCUAAUAUUUAUCAAUUUUAACCUAACGGUUUCCGUCUAUGUCACAGAGGAAAUAUUAUGACAUAUAAUAUUUUCUUUAGUUAAACCUUUUGUAUCCCAUAAAAUGUACAUUUUGAAAGUUAUAGUCAAACCACUUUAUUUACCAUUUUACUCUUGGAUUAUACUGAAAGAGUUUCACUGCACAAUUUACAGAUUAAUAAAUAAAUGUCACAUUUCUCAUAUAAAUUAUAGGAUAUUGUUCACUAAGCAUUACCUCUGCCUUAUAGUUCUACUGAGAUUUUUGAAUGCAAACUGAAAUAUAUACGAAUUGUUUGCUAACACAGCAAACUGAAGUAGAUAAUCGCAGACAGCUGGGUACAUGAAUAAAUCAGCUUAGGCUUUGUAGGCGGUCUUCGUCAUCAGCAAAUAUGAUUUAAGGGACUGUCAAAAACCAGGAUAUAUGUAAUGGCAGCUUUUGUCGACUGAAUUGUUCUCACUACCACAAUAUAAGGUAGUCUCAUCAUUUUCACAUACAAAGAUUCUAAUUUAGUGGAAGGUUGGACGAAUUCAUCUUUUUAUGAGUCUUUACUUAGGAACUUAGCAUUUAUUGUCGGAUACACUACCAACAAACUGCUCAGUAGUAGCUCAAUCUUUACCAAAGUGUAUGUAUUUCUUACAGCUUGUUCACGAACAUUUAUCUUAAUUCUCAUCUGCAACGUUCUAAAAGCAUAAGACCUAUCAUUAAAACCAAGUUUGGUGAAUCCCAGUUGUGCCAUGUUGUGCACUUUGUUUGGGAAGACAUUAUGCUAGGAUAUUUGUAAAUUAUUAUCUGGAGAAUUGUAAAUUGGAAUAAAAU